CCCAGGGCGUUCAGGUGUAUCUUGCAGUGGAGGACGUCAACGUUCCAAAUGCCAAACACCAAAUCAUCACCAUCAUGAUAAAGAAACUACCUUACUCCACUCUGCCAGUAAUACCAGCGUUGCCAGUAGCGAUAGUGGCUCUAGUACCUCCUCGAUAUCACGCCUUUCACCCGUCAAUAAUAACAACGACAAUGUUUUACAGGUAGGAGAGUAAAGCCCAUUUUCCACUAGGCGAAUUUGUGCGAAAUCUUGGCAAUGUGAUUGGUCAGCGAAAAAGUGUGCCACGAAAAAGUUGGUUAGCGUUAUGUAGUCGAUGUUUGAUUUGGGUGAUUGCUAGAUAGUACACUUCAAAAUAAGGUUUCCGUUUUUAUAACGUAGAAAAAACUAUCUUAAAGGUAAACUACGUGAAGCGUUCCUCUUUUGAGUUUCUAAAUUGAUUGCAAUUUUCCUCAUUACUUUUGCAAUUUAAAAAAACUCCCUUGCAAAUCCCUUGAGGGAAUUUGCAAUGUUGCUAAAAGCCAAAAAAAUUUUCCUCAGUUCCUGUUAGAAGUUCUUAACUUCCUGUUACAAGUUCCUAACUUCCUGCUCUGUUCUGGGCGUUGCAAUUGGCUAACAAAAAUAAUCGACCAAUAACAACGCUCAGAACAGAACAGGAAGUUAGGAAAUUAAAACAGGAAGUUAGGAAAAUUUAAAAUGAAGUUUGGAAUAUUGCAACAGCCGAUAGGAACAUUGCAAAUUCCCUCAAGGGAUUUGCAAAGAGUUUUUCAAAUUUGCAAAGCUAAUGAGGAAAAUUCCAAAUGAGUUACGAAGUCAAAAGAGGAACGCUUCACGUAGUUUACCUGUAACGCAAAACUAAACCCUAAUACUAACCCUAACCUAACCCUAACUUAUUUUAAAAAUUGAUAUAAAAACGGACACCUUAAGUAUACUAUCUAGCAAUUGCCGUUUGAUUUGACACUAGUGUCGUAUCGAAAUGUAUUACGUUCGGCGCGUGAAAAGAACGACGUUUGAACCCGAGCCUAAUCUUCUUACUGGCACGAUUUUCACUUCGUCAUGACAUCGCAUUAUCCGUCUUUACACCAUGAAGACGAACUGCGCAUGCAAAUUCCUCUUUGUUGACGAGCCUAGACGGGUGAUCUGUCUAUGUUUACAAAUGAGGCAUUAGACGAAAGAUCAGGAAAAUAUCAUGGAUGAUUUGUUCCAGAACCAUUGCCAGCUAGUAUACAGUAGAUCACGCUAUUCUAGUUAAUUCGUUCUGGAUAGUUCGUCUUCUGUUUUCACUAGUAAAGCGGAUUAGCUUGAUCAUGGCGCUUAUAUAUAUAUAAGCGCCUGCGGAUGAUCUACGAUUACGAUCAUCUAUCCAUGUGUGGAUGAGAGUUUGUCAGUCACGCAUUGCUACAGGGGACAUUUCAAGCUCUAGAUUAACAAAAUAAAGGUUUGAUGAAUGUUCCAACUAUGUUUUAACUUCAAUAGAAUACAUGAUAGUGUUGGGAAAACAUUAAGAACAGCUAACCAAGGUCGCGUGACAACUCUCAUGCACUCUCAUAUUCGUUUCAUCCGGACUUUAACUAUCAGGAAAUUGAUGAGGCAUGCCGUCUGGAUAGUUCAUUUUGUGUUUACUGAGAUAUAUGCGUUAAAAGGAUGAUGCAUCUUAGCCUGUUUUGUACGUCGAAUUUUGGUCGCGUCGAAUGCAAUUAAGAAAAUGAGAUGAUAAACCUUCAUCUUCAAUGAGAUGAUAAACCACCUAAGCUUCAUUAUCUAUUGUUUGAAUUGCAUUCGAUGCGACUGAAAUUCGACGUAUAAAGGCUAAUUUCCACUCAGCAAAAUUAUCUCUGGGUUGGAACUAAUGAUUUUAACACAAAGAUAAAAUUUUCUAGUCCGUUCCAAUCCACGGAUAAUUUUCCUGAGUGGAAACUAGCCUUAAAACAGGCCUUAUAAACGAUGGUUCGUCUCUGGAAAGGAUUUGUAAACGAGGACCAACCCAAGCAGAUUCGAACAUGAUAAACAUGUAUUUUAAAAUUGUGAACUGUGGAAACAUUGUAACCUUUUAACAAAGUCUUCUUUAUAGGGCAUGGUAUGUGUGUUUGGAGAGUCGGGUAGCCGACCGGAGAUAGUUGUCACUGAGCAGGCCUCGCCAUUACCUGAAGCAAAGAAGCAACCUGACCCCCCGGCAAAGACAACAGCAAAGAGAAAAAACAGCACACCUUCAAGACAAACCGGGGGAGGCAAGGGUUUAGGAUCAAGACAUAACAGUUUGAAUGACGUAAGAGACAGUGGGAUUGGGUCAGUCAAGACGAAACAACUUUCAGGCAAAACACCCGCCAAGAAUACUCAGGCAUUGCGGGCUAGCCUUCAACAUGCUGAUCUGACAUUUAGCAGGUCUAAGACGAGCGAUGCAAUUUUAAGUCGAAGCAGACGCCGAGGAAUUGAUAGCCCGAGUUCCGUCGCGAAACGACGAGGCAACGGGAAUCUCUCUCGGGAACCUUCGUCGGAGAAUCUUCGGACUAGUAGACCGAAGUCGGCCGGAAUGCGUCGGAAGAGCGUCGGUAAACGGUCGCCUGAAAUUCGUCGUAGAUCGGCAGUUUCGCCUGCUCCGGCCCGGAGAAAACUAGAAGCCGAGUAUGACGAGACUGCUCACAAGAAAAGUGCUUUGAGAAAGGACUUGAAUGAUAAUAAUUUGAUGUUCGUGAGAUCUUUUUCAGCAGACACCAUCACUAAAGGUAAGUUUGCAAGUGAAUUUUUUUGCGCAUUUUUUGUUUACAUCGGGGGGGGGGGGGCGUGUCAAAAUGUGCGAAGGCCAGACAGCGCCAUCUACCUGAUAGUGAUUUUUUCAUGCUUUAUAAAAUUGCUCGUUUAUCGGUAUUAUCCAACCUCGUUCCCAGGGCUUUUCCCUUUUUGCCAUUGGGUAUUAUCUAAGAUUUUUACAGUAAAUCCAUCAUUAAUAAAUAGCAUCAUGUUUUCCCAUUUAGGUCGUGGAGCAAGAAGACAAGCUGACAUGCUACAAAAUUCACCAACGAACUCCCCCCUCAUGAAAAAUUAUGGCUCACCCUCCCGGAUUCCCAUGCCUGUCACCACAUUCGGGAAACCAAGGGGAUCGAACAGGACUUCUGUGUUGAAGGAGGGAUCUUCGGGUACAUCAGAGGUGAAUGGAGGAACUUUAGGGACACCGAAUGGGGUGAAUAAUGGACCGUUAGGGGUAUCAAAUGGUGGGAUAAAUAGAUGUAUCCAUUGUACUGGUGAAGCCUGCACUUGUGAUGAGGGUUUUAUAGACGGUGAUGUCACACGGACCCCGUUACGUCCCACGAGUUUAUUCCACAAUACUCCGAACGAGCUUGAGUAUAAAAACAGGGAUUCUAAUUGCACUUCUAAUGCUAAUUGGAAUGGUAAUGAUCAUCUUAAUUACGAGAACUCGAAGUUCUUAGAAAUUCCACAGCAACACAAUGGUGAUGGGUUUUCUGGAAAUUCAGAAUCUUUGGAGUGGAGAGAAGUCGUGACGGAUAUUUUGAAAUACGAAGAAAACAGAAUUUCUGAUAAAAAUUUAUAGAAAUGACAUUUAGCGUGUUAGAUUGCUUAUAUUUCUUUUGUCGCGUAUUAUAUUUUAUAAAUUGCUUUAUAGGUGGGUCUCACUGAGCACAAUCGUGCGCGCAGCGUGAUUCUCACAAAUUAUCAUUAGAACUUGCGUUCAAGUUAAUAGAACAUUAUUAGAAGUUAAUGAAUUACCGUUAAACCUCCAUAAUUAACAGACACGAACGGGCAACGUUUUAAAUUACCGGUAAUUAGAAUUGUCCGCUGGGUAGAGUCUCCGUUAAUUGGAGGUUCGAUUGUUCAUUCAUUUAAUAUUUCAAUGGAGAUACUCCAUUAAUUAAUAUCAUUAUGUACACAAUAUCAAUUCUGAUAUUUUUGGAAUUCUGAUAACAGGUAGCAGGCAUUUAAGGGGAUACAUUGUAAAGCGUAUUUAUUUUUGGGUUGGGUUAUAAAUGAUGUAUAUUUAUUCAGAGCAUAAAAGAAAAUAUGAAAAAUACUCG